AUGGAGAACAACAACUCACCAACCCAAGCUGCCGAGCACGAUCAGAAAAUUGACCCGCGCAACUUUGAUGAUAUGCUGGCCAUCGUCGCCUCGAUCAAAGAGCAAGUUGGAGAAGAGACAGCCCGUGCUGAACUAGGAAUCAUUUGCGGUUCUGGUCUCGGUCCUAUCGGAGAUACAGUUCAAAAUGCCACGAUUCUUCCGUACUCCAAGAUCCCAGGAUUCCCAACCACCCACGUAGUUGGUCACAAGGGAAAUAUGGUUUUCGGUCAGUUGGGAGGAAAGAAGGUCGUGUGCCUUCAAGGAAGAUUCCAUCCGUACGAGCAUAGCAUGGAUUUGGCUCUAUGCACCCUUCCAGUCCGUGUAAUGCACCAACUCGGAGUUAAGGUCAUGAUCGUGUCCAAUGCUGCAGGAGGAAUCAAUACAGUGCUAAGACACGGAGAUUUGAUGCUCAUCAAGGAUCACAUCUUCCUUCCGGGACUCGCUGGAUUCUCACCACUUGUCGGGUGCAACGACCCAAGAUUCGGUGCACGUUUUGUGUCUGUUCAUGAUGCCUAUGAUAAGCAACUAAGGCAACUCGCCAUUGAUGUUGGACGUCGUAACAAUAUGACCCUUUAUGAAGGAGUUUACGUGAUGUCUGGAGGACCGCAGUAUGAGAGUCCAGCUGAGGUUUCUCUUUUCAAAACAGUUGGAGCUGAUGCUCUUGGAAUGUCCACCUGCCACGAAGUCACUGUUGCCCGUCAGUGUGGAAUCAAAGUUCUUGGAUUCUCUCUGAUCACAAACAUUGCUAACCUGGACGCUGAUCAAUCCGUUGAAGUUUCCCACGAAGAAGUCCUAGACAUUGCCAAGCAAGCUGGAGAGCGAGCAUCUCGAUUCGUUUCCGAUAUCAUCCAGGAACUCACCAUUUGA